UGUACUCCCUGCUUAAAGGGACACAGGGCCCGUCUCCUCUGGCCCCGGCACCACCUCCUGAGUCAGACGCAGGCAGUGCGAGAGAGUUAGCUGCAUCUCUCAGGGCCCUAAAGCUUCUUUUUCUGGAAAGUGGCUUUUAUUGGCAGGCCAGGGUAUAAUUUGCCCUGCCAGGUGGGAGCCGUGGCUGAGGAAUGCAGAGGAGGAAGAGCUGGGGACAGCCUGCAUUCCUGGCAGUGCGGGAGCAAGUGAGGCGCCUCCAGUGUCUGCGGCCCUCCCCGCCCCGCCAGCUGGCAAACAUGUGCUGUGACUGCCAGGCCGCCAGGGAGCCGUGAAUGAAGGAGGCUGGGCUGAGGUUUGAAGUAGUGUUAUGAUUAUUCUCGACAAAGACGAGAGGGCACAGCUGUUCAUUCAGGAAAAGAGCAGCCCGUGGCACCACCCACCUACCCACCAGCAGCUGAGCUACAAAGAAAUCAUCUGCUGAAAACCAGGGGCUCCGCCCUGGAGGCUAUUUCCGUGGAAACCAAGCAUUCAAAAGCUCAUCUCCUCGAAAGCCUCCGUCGCCUUGGAGAGACUGUAGAGGAUCACUCUGGCUGCAGCUUAGAGGACGGCCCGAGGCCAGCAAGGAGAAUAGUUACCGGCUGGGCGAGAGAUGACUGGAUUGCACCGAGGUCGCCUAGCAACCUGAGAGCGUUGUCGGAGGGUUGACAGCUGCGCCUGCGGCAGAGCCCCCCGCGCAGGCCGGGAUGUUCGUCCUGGUGGAGAUGGUAGACACCGUGCGGAUCCCCCCGUGGCAGUUUGAGAGGAAGCUCAACGACUCCAUUGCCGAGGAGUUGAACAAGAAGUUGGCCAACAAGGUCGUGUACAACGUGGGACUCUGCAUCUGCCUGUUUGACAUCACCAAGCUGGAGGACGCCUAUGUGUUCCCGGGGGACGGUGCAUCACACACCAAAGUUCACUUUCGCUAUGUGGUGUUCCAUCCGUUCCUGGACGAGAUUCUGAUUGGAAACAUCAAAGGCUGCAGCCCGGAGGGAGUGCACGUCUCUCUAGGGUUCUUCGAUGACAUUCUUAUCCCUCCAGAGUCACUGCAGCAGCCGGCCAAGUUCGAUGAGGCAGAGCAAGUAUGGGUGUGGGAGUACGAGACGGAGGAAGGAGCGCACGACCUAUACAUGGACACCGGCGAGGAGAUCCGCUUCCGGGUGGUGGACGAGAGCUUUGUGGACACGUCCCCCACUGGGCCCAGCUCAGCCGAUGCCACCUCUUCCAGCGAGGAGCUGCCAAAGAAGGAGGCUCCGUACACGCUUGUGGGAUCCAUCAGUGAGCCGGGCCUGGGCCUUCUCUCCUGGUGGACUAGCAGCUAGCACUGGGGCUUUGACACUGGACCCUGCCCAGCCCUCGGGAAGGUGGUGCGGCGGGUCCUGAAGACGACAGGAUCCGAAGAGCAGCCUGUGCCCUUCCAGGCUGUGCCCUCCCCUCCUCCUCCCAGACCUACCCCGCUAAGUCCCACCGUCCACAUGGACUUCUGCCUGUCAGUGACAACAAAGAUAUUUAAUAAAUGAUGGCCACGUCAGUUGGGAGAGCCACCAUUGUCUCAGUGUUCUAAGGUUACCGAGUUGCCACAGCUGGGACAGUUCCUCACCCCGGAUCACUUCUGGAGAUGACUUAAUGGCAGGACUUGGGGUCUGAGAGAUCCAGGCUGCCUCAGGCUAUGCUCUGGGCCAGCUGAGCUUGGUGGCUCCAUAAAGUAACAGCAAGAGGCUGGCCUGGGGCAGCUGCCAGUUGCUGAUCAGAGUCUGACCUUUAAGGGAAAAACCCUCUUCCCACCAGCGUGUGGAAGGUGGGGCGGCCUGGACUCAGCUGACCAGCUCCGUCAGGAAAGUGGAUGCUGUGGAUUUUGCUGGCCCAAGGGGGUGAGGGCUGGUGACCUGCUGUUGUUACUCCCCCACCAGCAGUACAGCAGGAAGCCUCGGGCCAGCUGUCACUUUCCGACCUUGGCCACACCAGGAACAAACACCCAGUGGGUGUCUGCUUGUGAUGUGAGAUCCUGGCACCAGGGCAAGCACCCCAUCAUUUACUCAGCAGAAUGGCUUUGCCAGAGUCCUGUCCCUUCACUCAUUUCUGCCAGGAAUUUUUGCCGGGACCAGGACAUCGUUUUGUAGCACCCACCCGACGCCAUGUUUCUGUCAGGCAAGUCUUGUCCUGAUGAAGGAAUCUACGUGGAGCCUGCCUCCUGCCCUGGCCUUUCUGCUCACAGGGACACAGGGCCGUGGAGGUAUGAGUAGUGCCAGUGGGCAGUGCUCCAGGGAGAGGAGCAAUUGCAGAGCAGUGCCUGCGGCCGCCCUGUACUAGAAACUAGGGAGCAGUACACAUAUGGACUAGCUGUGACCUUGGACGUGGUGGUCUGUCUGUAAAACAGACACUCUCUGGGCAUUUGAAAGGCAACUCGAUGCCCAGGGGAAGUGGGGGCUGCAUCUUGGGCCAACCCCUGCCCCCAUUGGGGAAACUACUGGAAUGUGUGGGCGUGGGGAGGGGAGGCUGCAGGCAGAAGCAGGGCAGGAAGGAAAGUGGGAAGUCUGGUGAUGGGUCCGGCUGUGGCGUGGCUGUCGGCAUCCACUGACUCUGGCUGUGAAGGACCCCCUGCCCCACAGGCUGGAGUUGGUGACAGCACAGACACCAUCAUCACUCACAAAGGAACACUCACUGAAUCUGGAUUCUUAUUUUCCUUAGAAGAGCAAAAGGAUCUUUCGAACCCUUCGGCCACCAGUGAAAUGAUCAUGCAGGAGAAAAACUUUAGAUGGGAGUCUGUCGUUAAAAAUAAAUACAGUUGCCCAAAGCUGCUCAAGAUCUGAAUCAAACUAAAAACAGGAAGGUGGGGGGUUGAUACGUUAUUUUAAGAACCUCCCCACCCCCACCUGUGGGUUGCUCCAUGGGCAGAGGGAAGAGAGGCCAGGAGGCCUGGCCACACCAUCUCGGUGGUGAGCGAAGCCACGGCUGGAUCGGAUCAGAUCCCGUUUUGAUGACGCAGAACUGCACUCGUGACACCGGAGCUGGGUCCGAGGAGCAGGACGGGCGGGCGCUGGUGGCAGUGCAGGACCUUACUUCUGCUGCAGCUCCUUCAUUCUGUUCAGAGCACUGCCAGCGCGGAACCACUCGAUCUGGGUCUCGUUGAAGGUGUGGUUCAGGAGGAUGGUCUCCUGGGUCCCGUUGGGGUG